AUGUCCUUUUUGUCGAUUCAGUCUGAUGAAUCGGAAGAGAGUGAAGAUGGGGACAGUGAAGGUGCGGCCUCAGCCGCAGAGAAACGGCAUCGGCGGAAUCUCCGUCGGGCAGAGAAGCAGAUUAAUCGACGCAAAUGGGAGCGUCGAAGAGAAGAAAUUCUCCUCGAAUACGAGAGUUUCUCUUACUACGCCGCUGCCUCGUCUAUCGUGCUAUUUGAUGUCGCUUGGAAACAAUCACUAGACAAUUUUACUCUUCUCUGGUGCGCAAUUGUGGGACAUAUAAGCCAGGUGAUGCUGUGCAAAAUCAAUCGAGCGCAUUAUCUUGAUCAGAUUGAAAACCUCCAUAGUCAUGUCACUCGACUACUGCAUGCAGCUAAUCAGGCUGGGGGGAAUAAUAGGAAAUCCUCUGUUAAUUCGAAUGGCAACUCGCGGAAGGAUUCCAUAACUUUCACAGAGGAUCUGGUUCUUUGGCUGUAUCGACACUGGAGCUUGAAAGAAUCGAUGGAAACUACGAUGCUCACAUCAACGAGAUUUAAAUUAUUUACGAAAGAAGGACGAUCACAGAUGCAGGAUUUUCUGGCUCAUAUAGGAAUUUCUCAAAAGGAUUGCGCUCAGAAAUACUCAAUUCUCUCACUUGAAGUAAGGGAUAACUUGGACUCAUUAUUCGCAAAUGCUGCAGAACGCUACGGGUUCAAGCGGAAAGAGCUCUUUAUGCCCUCCUUUACAUUACAACUCGUGUAUAAGACACCACUCUCCGCGAUGGACGUGUUUUGGCUCAUCCUCUCAGGUCUUGAAUGCCAGGUAACUCCCCUCCUACAGUUUGAAAGUAUUUAA